GGCCGUGUAGGCGGCGCGCGGUUGGCGGGCGCUCCACACGCCGGCUCAGCCCGUUCUAUUUCUAAAUUGAGACAGUCACUCGCUACCGCUUUCCGUGUAUCACCUCUUCGCUAUAUUUAACUAAAUUUAUUUCUAAAAGCUGUUAAUUCCCGUUAAAAACGAUAACACUUGUGCAUACAACGUUAGAAAUGCGUUUCCUUAGUUCACAGUGAUCAUAAAAACGUGAUAUAUGUUGUGCUAUUGUUAAAUAAAUGAUGUAACCGCAGUCAACUGUAAUCCGUCACAUUGAAAUAGGUCAAUAAUAUUAAUAGUGCAGUCAUCAUAACAAAUAACAUAGAUCAAAAUGUGGUACCAAGGGGAGGAAGAUGAAGACGAAGAUCUUAUGUGUUCGCCGGCUAUCCUGGCGCGGCGUGCCUCUGAAAGUUGGAUAAACGUUCCUCCAGUGGAGAUGCUGAGUACGCCGCAGACGCUGCAGCGCAAGAAGUCGCUGCCCGACGUGGCCGGCAUGCCGCGGAUGCCGGACGGCGGCGGCAUGUCGCGCGAGGAGGUCUCGGCGCUGGGCUCCGCGCGCCGCGAGGAGGUGCGCCGCAUGUACGAGGAGUCCGAGAAACUUAGGGCCAACCCCCUGCUGUACUUAGUCAGUCCACAAGUCAAGGACUGGUUUUCAAGGCAGCAGCUGGUUAUCCUCGUGCUCUUCAUAAACAUCUCUCUGGGCAUAAUGUUUUUUAAGCUGCUCACGUAGCGCCGGCGUAUGGCGCCACCGCGCCCGAGUUGUACACUUUAUAACGACAACUAUUUUGUAAAUAUUUGUAAUACUUCUCAACCCAAAAUAGCCAAACAAUUAAUUUAUAUUAUUCAUCAAAAAUCUUAAUAGCUCUAUUCCUAAGAAGUCCUUUUGAUACGAGUUACCAUUUAAAUAUACCUAUUACGACUAUAAACGUAUUUAUUCGUCGAUAAGAACUUCAAUUUGCUAGUGUAUGUAAUUCUUUUGUCUUUGUGCAAGUGUGAAGUUUGUAUGACAAGGAUAAAAAGUGAAAAAUAUUUAUAAUUACGACUCCAACGUCGAACUGUUAUCAAAUACUAUAUUAAAUAUGUGCGAGAGUGAUAUUUUGUGUCCACUAGUCGGAAACUUCGAGUGCAAGGAGUACGAGUUAUUAAUGAACCUGCAUAUUGUAGGUUUAUGCCUUCGAUGAUAGUGCUUAACGCCUUAACUGCAAUUGUUGAAUUUGAUUGAUGACUACGUACAGCUUUAGAAGAUGGUUGAUGGCCGACGUAGGAGGCUACAUUUAUUGUUAUAUUAAGAACUAACGGCGCUCGCUGAGCCGUCGUUUAUUUUCUUAUUUACUGCGAUUCAAGUGCAGUUAUUCGGUUGGGAGACGUCACUAACCGUACUCCUUUAAUUUUAUGUUUAUAGUUAUUUGUAAAAAAAAUAACUCAAAACUCUUAGCAUAUCUAUAUCAAUCUCAUUUCCAGCGAUACUUGAGUGUGAUAAUUGAGAGCACAAAAUUGAUUUAUUAUGUCUAAUUCUAUUUACUUAAGAAUGUUUACAAACAUUCACUAAAAUAUGUGCAAGAAUAUGUAUGUAAAUAAUUACCUACACAAAAUUGAUUGUUAUUUCUAUAUUGAUAAACAAAAAGAAAAAAAGCACAAAAGCUUUAUUAUCCUAUUUUGUAAAUUAUUGAAUUGUGUAAAAACUGAUAGAGAAACCAAAUCUAAACUAUAAUGAAAAUAGGCUUUUUUGUAAACCUAUGAUGUCAAUUCUUUAAUAAUUAAUCGACGAUUUUGUAUAGUCUGUAGAAUAAAUCUUAUUGAAUUCUAUUGGCAUAGGAAGCAUCAAGGCUACUGUUGCGAAUAAACAACGAACGUUGUGGAAAACUAGCAUUCGUUGAAUGAUUGAGCUACUUAUAUUCAAGUUUUUAAGACAAUUUUCACAGUUUCAGUAUAUUAUGUAAAAUUAUAAGUUAUUAAUCUGUAAGAAUUUUAAUUACUUGUAUCGAUUUUAUCUACGUUUCACAAAUAAAAUAUUUUAACAAAACUAAAAA